AUGGAAAUAUACCUCGACCUGCUCUCCCCACCAUGCCGUGCUGUCUACCUUUUUGCCAAAGUGCUGGGGAUCCCCUUUGAGUUUAAGUCUGUGGAGCUCACAGCAGGGCACCAGUACAAUGAGGAAUUUGAAAAGGUCAGCAUUGUGAAGAAGGUUCCUGUUCUGAAGGAUGGAAGCUUCAUUCUGACAGAGAGCACUGCCAUCCUGAAGUACCUGGUGCAGAAGUGUCCAGCUGUGGAGGAUCACUGGUUUCCAGCCGACCCGCAGCAGCAGGCUCGUGUUAAUGAGUACUUGUCUUGGCAGCACUUGAACCUCAGAGCUCACUGUUCAAAGGUCUUCCUGCUCAAGGCUCUGUUUCCAUUUGCGAUGGGCUUUGAAGCCCCCAAGGAGAAGAUGGAUGUUGCGAUGGAGGAUGUGAAUCAGUCCCUGGACCUGCUGGAGCAGAAAUUCCUCCAGACAAAGCCGUUCAUCGUCAGCAACAAAAUCUCUCUGGCCGACGUGGCAGCCGUGGUGGAAGUCAUGCAGCCUCUAGGCGUGGGCGUGAAUGUGCUGGAGGGCCGGACGAAUUUGCUGGCUUGGAGAGACAGAGUGAAGAAAGAGCUCGGGGAGAAGCUGUUUGACCAAGCUCACCAGAAUGUGAUGGAUGCCGCCGGCAUGCAGCAGAAGAUGCAGAACAGCAGCGGGCUGGAGAAGCUUAAGUCAAAAUUUCAGAAGCUUUUCCGCUAA